AUGGAGGAGGUUCAAGGCAAGGAGCUUGCGGAGCACAUCGCUUUACAGGGGCCUCUGAAAGAGCCCGUAGCCAGGCACAUCCUGAUUCAGGUCCUCGAUGGGCUCUCGCAUAUGCACAGCCGUGGUAUCAUCCACCGUGACCUGAAACCUGAGAAUGUCAUGAUCACGGGUGACGUGAUUGACCUGGAGAGCCGGGUGAAGCUCAUUGAUUUCGGAGUCGCCAAGUGCCUCAAGGAGGGCCCUUUGAAAACCGUGGUGGGCACGCCGUCCAUCAUGGCUCCGGAAGUUGCGAAAGCAAAGCUUGGACACGCCGGAGUUGUCCAUGGCGCGUUCAACUGGGAUGGUCCAAAUCCAGGCUUUUCCGUGUUGUCGCCGCCAUCCAAUACAAGGUCGGAACCAUUUUUCAGCCCAAAGGUGGAUGUUUGGUCUGCUGGAAUCUGUCUAUACACCUGUCUCACUGGCAGACUGCCGUUCAGGACUGAGAUGGAGAUCAUCAGGUCCGAAUAUGACAGGAAAGCCCUUGUCCAUUGCUCCGAAGAAGCCAAAGAUCUUCUCGAGAAAAUGUUGGAGAAGGAUGUGUCCAAGCGCUUGAGCAUCGAGCAGUGCAAAGCUCAUCCAUGGGUACCCUGCUCCGAAAUCGACGGCUGCACGAUAGACUUGGACAACAUCCCAGAAGAUGAUUUCGACUUCGUUUACGACUAG